AAUAUAAUAAGGAAUGAAAAGGAUGUAAAGCAAAGAAGAUAUAAUUAAGGAUCAAUAUAUGAAAACUCUAACUUGUUUCUUAUAGGAUAGUACUCUUUACGAUUGCUUAUCUAUCAAUAAUUAAGUGACUGUGAUUGAUUAGUCAUUUUCUCUGUUUGAUGUUUUUAAUGUGUUUAUCGAUACACAUAUUGAUGAAGUAUUGUUUUGGAAUCCAGAUGUAGCUUAUUAUGAUGGAGUAUUCACUUAAACAGAUUUGAUUCGAAUAAUCCUUAAAUGUUAUCAAAAUAUUUUGAAUGGUGUUCCUAAUGGUAACCUAUAAUACAUAUUUUAGUCAGUGUGGGGAAAUAGUAAAAUAUAGGUUCAACCAAUUAUGGAAGAAGAAGAUGAAGAUCGUACUACUCCUGUGCAUUAAAAAUAAUUAAUAGGAUAAGAGCAAAUAAAUAAAUUGCUAAUUGAUUUAAAGACAAUUUCAGUCAGAGAUUGGUUCAAUUCCUAUGGAGAAAGUCUUCAUCAAAGUAGUUUGGUUUAAGCAGACAUGGCUGAUAAUCUUAAUGAUGCUAUGAAAAAGAUAUUAAAGUAGGGUGUAACAAGAAUUGUAGUUAUUGAUACUGAAUCUAGAAUUAUUGUAGGCAUACUUUAAUAAAAAGAUAUUUUAGCAUUUCUUGUUAAAGGAUUUAGUUAAUAUUUCCAUUUAUAAUUAUCAUUGAAAUCUCAUAAAGUUGAAGUUCCUCAUCAAAACAAUUAAUAAUCUGAACAACAUGAAUUAGAAAUCAAUUAUUUUAGUGAUAGCAUCUUACUUUUGAAUGACAAGCUUCCUUAUGACACUAAUGUAUAUGAGUAAUUAUAUCCUAAUAUUUAGUGUUUUUUAUAAAUUGAUCUAUGUAUUCAAACGUAAUGCUAUACCAAUUGUUGAUUAAAACAAUAAAUUUCUAGGUUUGAUUGAUCGAAGAGACUUCUAAUUUAUUCUUAAAUAUCAAGUAUUUGACAUGGUAUUAUUAAAUAUUAUUAAAAGUUGAAUAGACCAGCUAUUGAUUUAUUGAACUUUAUCAAAAUUGAGAAAAAAAAAUUCGCUGGAUUUUCUAUUUGUAAUAAAGAAUUAUUUCAUAUGAAACAAACAUUAAAAGAAGUAUUUUUCUAUAUAUAUUUAGGUUGUUGAAAAUCUAUUACUCUCUUCUAGGGGUAGUCUAGUAUGCUUAAAUGAAAAUUAAGAGCCGAUCGCUACAUUAUAAAUGUCUGAUCUCUUCAAAAUUUGUUUAGAUGAUAUCGAAUUAGAAUGA